UCACUCACUAUAUGAAUUUGUAUCUCGUUUUAAUAAAAUAAAAUACUAACACAAUAAAUUUGUUUAUUAAUAACAUAGUGAAAAUGUUGCGCCAAAUUACUGCCACUCGUUAUGCACAACUAUCAUUCGUGCAACAGGUCCAGCGACGCGGAUAUCAAAGUGAAAAGGGCGUCUAUGGCUACAGGCCGCUGCCAAAGCGCAUCUAUCAAGUGGCCCCUGAAGUGCUGCAGUCGAGAAAUGCCCAAGGCAAUGUUUAUCGCUGGGUGGAGGCCUAUCGCAAGCAUGGACACAAAUUGGCAGCCGUCAAUCCCAUCAGCAUCAGAGACCAGCAAAGCAUCACCAUCGACGAGUUGAAUCCACAAUUUUAUGGCCUAGCGCCGGAUCAGUCAGUGCAACCGCAGGGCUUAAUAAGUGCACCACAACAGUCUGUGGGUAGUCCAACAACGGUAUCAGGAUUGGCAUCAUUGCUGAAGGAAAUUUACUGUAGUACAGCGGUUAGCGCUGAGUUUCAGUACCUAGAGAGCCUCGAGGAACGCGAAUGGCUAGCGAGCCGCUUUGAACAACUAGUAGUUGGACAUCAGCAGCAGCAGGCAGAUUUUACCAUCAGCAGCGAUGCCCGCCGGCAGAUAGCCGAACUGCUAAUCAAGUCACAAACGUGGGAUAAUUUCAUGGCGAUAAGAUUUGCAAGCGUUAAACGUUAUGGUGGUGAGGGUGCCGAAAGCAUUUUAGUUUUCUACUGGCAAUUAUUACGCAGCGCUGUACAAGCUGACAUUGGGGAUAUUGUGGUGGCAAUGCCACAUCGCGGACGCCUGGCGCUGCAAACGACGAUGCUGAAUAUGCGCCCAGCGAAAAUUUUCCAUAAACUCAGUGGCGAGUCGGAGUUCCCGGAUGAUGCAGAAGCAAUGUCUGAUACACUAAGCCACUUCCAUUCAUCUGAGGACUUGGAGGUAGAAGGCAAGAAGGUACACAUAAGCUUAAUAAGAAAUCCAUCACAUUUAGAGGCAGGCAACCCAGUAUCCAUGGGAAAAACUCGUUCAAAACAACAAGCUGCUGGUGAUGGCGCCUUUAGUGGUGACCCCACAAAACCAUUUGCAACCAAAGUACUAAAUGUCAUCAUUCAUGGAGAUGCUGCUUUUCCUGGUCAAGGUAUCAAUCAGGAAUGCCUUAACAUGGCCUAUGUGCCACACUUUGAGGUGGGUGGCAGUGUACAUUUGAUUGUUAAUAAUCAAAUAGGUUUUACGACACCCGGCGAACGUGGUCGCUCUACUGCCUAUGCAAGCGAUCUGGCCAAGACAAUACAGGCUCCCGUUUUCCACGUUAACGGCGAUCAUCCCGAAAUGGUAGCUUUAGUUACACAACUGGCAAUGCAAUAUCAGCAUGAGUUCCGAAAAGAUAUUUUUAUUGAUAUGAACUGUUUUCGACGUUGGGGACAUAAUGAAAUGGACGAUCCAACCUUUACAAAUCCGAGUAUUUACCAAAUCAUACACAAUCGCAAAUCUGUGCCGGAUAUGUAUGUGGAAAAGUUGGAAAACGAGAGUGUGCUAACCACUGAAGAAGCAAAAGCUAUACGCCAAGCUUUCUGGGAUCAUUUAGAUACUGAACUGACCUUAGCUGAAAGCUAUAAACCCAAAACAAAUUAUUUUAGAAAACAGUGGACUCAUUUAACAAGUGCAACUAAUAAACAUACUGUUUGGGACACUGGCCUUGAUUACCAACUGCUGAACUAUAUCGGGCAUCAGAGUGUUUAUCAUCCGGAAGAUUUCAAUGUGCAUCCGCAUUUGUUGAAGACACAUAUCGAGAGUCGUCGAAAAAGACUAGAUGCUGGUGAAAAGAUCGAUUGGUCCACUGCGGAAGCAUUGGCCAUCGGCAGCCUCAUGUAUCAGGGUCACCAUGUACGAAUUAGCGGUGAAGAUGUGGGACGUGGCACUUUCUCCCAUCGUCAUGUAAUGUUGGUCGAUCAGAAAACUAAUGAAAUGUACAUCCCACUGAAUAGUAUGAAAGGCGGUCACGGCGGCAAACUAGAAAUAGCUCAUAGCAUACUUUCCGAGGAGGCAGUACUGGGCUAUGAGUACGGUAUGGCUAUAGACGAUCCACACAAAUUGGUUAUUUGGGAGGCUCAAUUUGGUGACUUUGCGAAUGGCGCACAAAUCAUGAUCGACAACUUUAUUAUAACAGGUGAAACCAAGUGGAUGGAUUCAAAUGGUUUGGUAAUUUUACUACCACAUGGCUAUGAUGGUGCCGCAUCCGAGCAUAGUUCCUGCCGCAUUGAACGGUUUUUGCAGCUAUGCGAUUCCAAAGAAACUGCCCCCGAUGGCGAUAACGUGAACGUUAACAUUGUUAAUCCCACUACAUCGGCCCAAUACUUUCACGUAUUACGCCGCCAGUUGUUGCGUAAUUUCCGCAAGCCACUCGUUGUGGCCGCACCGAAAAUAAUGUUACGUCAUCCGGAUUCAACAUCCACGCAUGUCGACUUCCAGCCGGGCACACACUUCCGAAAUGUGUUAGGUGAUGACACUAUUAAUGCCGACCAAGUGCGCAAAGUCAUAUUAUGUUCGGGCAAACACUUCUUUGUGUUAGAUGAAGCGCGCAAAAGCAAAGGCAUCACCGAUACUGCGCUAAUACGACUCGAGUCAUUAUGCCCAUUUCCAGCCUACGAACUACAACAAGAAUUGGCCAAAUACAAGCAGACUAAGAGCUUUGUGUGGAGUCAGGAGGAGCAUCGCAAUAUGGGCGCUUGGAGUUUUGUUCGACCACGCUUUGAAUGCUUAAUUGGCGAGCAGCUAAAUUAUGUUGGGCGUUGUGAAGCCGCCACCACAGCAACCGGCAUUGGGAAAGUGCACAAACGUGAGGUGGAAGAGUUAGUGGCUAACUCUUUCAUGUAGUGAAUAUGUGUAACACUGCCGGGACUUUCGAUUGUGCUUUCGAGUUUUGCAUUUAAAAUAUAUUUAAUAUUAUA